UGCUUCCUCCUGGCUGCCAUGGCCUACGACCGAUACGCCGCCAUCUGCCGACCUCUUCAUUACCCACAGCUGAUGAGCCAGAGAGUCUGCUGGCACCUGGUGUGUGGGAGCUGGUUCCUGGGAAUGGUGGAUGGCUUGUUGCUCACCCCCACUACCAUGAGCUUCCCUUUCUGUCAGUCCAGGAAGAUCCUGAGCUUCUUCUGUGAGGCCCCUGCCCUGUUAAAGCUGUCCUGUGUGGACAUCUCGCUCUACAGGGAGCUCAUGUACCUGUGCUGUGUCCUCAUGCUUCUCAUCCCUGUUGCAUUGGUCUCCAGCUCCUACGCCCUCAUCCUGCACCUCGUCUGCAGGAUGAACUCAGCCAAGGGCCGCAGGAGGGCGCUGGCCACCUGCUCCUCCCACAUGGCUGUGGUGCUGCUCUUCUUCGGUGCGAGCACCUACACCUACAUGUUCCCCCACUCCUACCACACGGCCAAGCAGGACAUGAUGGCGUCUGCAUUCUACACCAUCAUCACCCCUGUGCUGAACCCCCUCAUCUACAGCCUC